CAGACAAGUAAGAGAGAGACUAAAGAACCAAGUUAUUGAGAUGAAAGAGAAGUUUCCAGGCUUCAGACCAGGACUCGCAAUUUUGCAGGUUGGAAAUCGGGAUGAUUCGAACCUCUACAUUAACAUGAAGCUGAAGGCUGCUGCUGAGAUUGGGAUCAGUGCCAAUCACAUAAAGCUGCCAAACACAGCAACAGAAGCUGAUGUCCUCAAGUGCAUUGCCUCUCUGAAUGGAGACCCUGCUGUUCACGGAUUUAUAGUGCAGCUGCCACUUGACUCUGACAAGCCCAUCGAUACAGAAAAAAUAACCAAUGCUGUUGCACCUGAAAAGGAUGUAGAUGGCCUAAGUAGCAUCAAUGCUGGGAAACUCUCUAGAGGGGACCUUGGAGACUGUUUUAUUCCCUGUACACCAAAAGGAUGCAUGGAACUUAUCAGACAAACAGGUGUCCAGGUUGCAGGGAAAAGAGCUGUAGUGGUUGGUCGCAGUAAGAUUGUUGGUGCUCCCAUGCAUGACCUCCUGCUCUGGAAUCAUGCAACAGUCACCACUUGCCAUUCCAAGACCUCAACGCUGGCUGAGGAGGUUGGUAAAGCUGAUAUCCUGGUGGUUGCAGCUGGUAAAGCUGAAAUGGUGAAAGGUGAAUGGAUCAAACCUGGAGCAAUUGUAAUAGACUGUGGAAUUAACCAUGUGCCAG